GGCUGCUCCUCCCGCGGGGGUCGCGGACGCUCGGCACCCACCCCAAGAAGGAGCCGAUGGAGGCGCUGAACACGGCGCAGGGGGCCCGCGACUUCAUCUACAGCCUCCACUCCACCGAGCGGAGCUGCCUGCUGCGGGAGCUCCACCGCUUCGAGUCCAUCGCCAUCGCCCAAGCAUUCAGGUAUCCUAAACCACUGGUACCACUUGAGAAGCCAGCAGAGGAGGUAGAGUCACCAGAGACGACCGGUGAAUUUGAGAAGUUGGAGGUUGCACCACCAUCUCCAGGACAACUGAGACAUGUGUUCUUCCACAAUGCAUUACCUUUUGUAGGGUUUGGAUUUUUGGAUAACGCAAUUAUGAUUGCUGCGGGAACCCAAAUAGAAUUGUCAAUUGGAGUUGUCUUAGGAAUUUCAACUAUGGCAGCUGCAGCUUUGGGAAACCUUGUUUCAGAUUUAGCUGGACUGGGUCUUGCAGGUUAUGUAGAGGCUUUGGCUUCACGACUGGGUCUGUCAAUCCCUGACCUGACACCCAAACAAGCUGACAUGUGGCAGACCCGGCUCAGUGCACACUUGGGUAAAGCUAUUGGAGUGACCAUUGGCUGCAUUUUAGGAAUGUUUCCUUUGUUGUUCUUUGGCGAGGAGGAAGAAAAACUGGAAGAAAAAAAAUAAUCUUUUUACAAGACAUAUACAAAUGUAAACUACUGUACCUCAAUUAUUCAAUUAUGCUGUCAAUAUUUAGGAAUUAACAGACAGUAAAAAAAUGUAUAGACUUGGGAACAAAACCUUCAGCAUGUCGUUUUAUGGAAACACUAAUUUAUUGUGGCCUUGUUGUGUUCAGUACUUCUUUUUAUAAGAUAUCAUCUAACUUUUUAUUUAAUUGUAAAUUUUUGAAGUGUUUUCACUUAUGGCAAGAUGUUUACCACUUUCCCCUUUGAAUUUAUUCUUUAAUGGAUUAUUACUUCAAUAAUCCACCAUGGAUGACAGUAUCACUCUUGAGUUGCAUAUUGGCUGCUUAACAGUUGUAAUUGCAUGACAGAAAUAUCACUGGUGUUCAUCAGGUCCUUCAAUGCAGAUUAUUAAGAAGGUCAGGGAUGAGAAAUUGGAAGUGCCGCACUUUGCAAGGUGACUGGUUUCCCUUUAACAGCCAUCAUUUUGCACUGCCUUAGAUUAGAUAUUUCAGUGAUCUUUGACAGUGUAGUUUCAUUUUUUUUCUCAAUUCUGACUUAAGUGUUUCUUAAUUCAGACAAUUCUGAAUUGUCUUCUGAGAUGAUCAUGUUGAUGCUUUGACAAGGUAAGUGUUUCCAGGGUAGGCUCUCUACCAAGUCCAUUUUUAAAGUGAUGUUUUAACACCUUCUGUACUUCCAUAUUCAUGCCUCUUUUUUCCUUUCUAAACAGUGUUAUGAGAGAAUUGAGUUGAAAUAUCCUUAAAUUUGUCUUCCUCUGGUUUGAGUGUGGUAUUAAAGAAUUCAGACCAACUGUUUCAAAACCACAAUCAGCUUUUUAAACUGAUAUGCUUAAAAUAGGGUGUGUGAAUAGUUGGGUAGAUGAGGCCAGGGAACAGUUCAGGGUAUGAAUAAAUGCUGGCAUUGCAAGUUUGUAAUGAGUGGUUCAGUCAAAAUGUUAAGUGUACCAUUAGUCUGGAUUAGAGGACCUGAUUUGAUGAUAAUACCUUUGUGUUUAAGAUUAAACCUUUGCUACUUUUUUUUUUGUUUCUGAUACAAUUAGUUAAAAAAAACAAGCAACAAAAAUAAGAGAAUUCAGGCCUUUUAACUUUUUUUUUUACUUUUAUUUUUGCAUUCUUACUUGGCAUAUUAUAGACCUAACAGUGCAGUAUCAUGUAACUGUGCUUUUUAUGUGGUUAUGAAUAAAAUUAUGACAACUAUUGCAUAUUCAUAAUAUUUCAGAAUCUUACUUGCCAAUAGCAUAAUGCUAAACUGCUAAUUGUCCCUUAGAGGAGAAGAUUUCUUACUUGUUUGAACACCAUUUGGAAAAGCCACUAAGAAGUGGCACAGCCAGGGCACUUUGAAAGUUUUAUUGCUGAAAUUGCUAGGACUUCUGAAACCUACAAAGAAAUGUUUAAAAAAUAUUAAGUCCCCUGAUGAUUUUUAUUUGCUAUAGGAAGAGUCUUACUGUAUGUUAUUGUAUGUUAUUUUAUUAUAUGUCUGUGUUUUACAAAGCUUAUUGCUUAUCUCAUUGUUAUAAAUCUGACUUCUCUGGUCUGAUUUCUAGAAGCCCUUUAACAGCAAUACUGAAACUGACUUUAAUGAAGGUGACACUUCUGUUUGUUUUUUGAAAAGCAGAUGUUGAAAGCUUGGAGUGAGUAAUCCAAUAGUAUGUGCUGUACUUGGCACAUUAAACCAUGCAAAUCUGGACCAAGCUGUAAAACAGAAUGAAAGCUCAGCCAAGCAUCAAACACAAAAGCAGAGGAGUUUCGGUUUGUGCUUCAAAGGUGGAUGCUUUAUUAAGAUAAAAUUAAAUAAAACAACAACAACAACAAAUCCCACAACUCUUGACAGAAAAAAACCCAAAAAACAAAACCAAAAAACCCCAACCCACAAAAACAAUCCAGAAAGGCAGUUAUGCACUCUUUCACCAACAGAUUGCUCCUGGUUUACAGUACUUGUAUGUUCAGAGGUUUUUUUACUCAUCCAGACAUUUGUCUUGCCUUAAACUUUUAACUUUUCUGCCUCUGCAGGCACUUUUGUUUCUAUACAAGGCUGUAUGUAUUUUUCACAUUUUUCUUAAACUGAAGUACAAGUCGAAGCCAUUUUGCAUAGCUUCUUUUGUCGCUGUUUUACAAUUAUUUCAACACUGUUUCCCAUUACAAUGCUGGCAUCUUGAUUGGAAUCUUCCAGCAGUGGCCAAAUCUCUGUUCUUUGGCAUUGUACCAUCAGAACACUGUUUUCAUCACUCUAUUACAGCUCAUGAGAACAACUGGAAGACUGUGCCAGCUGUCACAGUAGUAUUUGUUUUAUAAUGGCAAUAGAAAAGGCUGUGUACUAUUGUUAAAUAGCUUGUGCAUGUAAAUUGAGUACCUUUUGUUGCUGUAUGUUAAACUACUGUACUGCAACUAGUGCUUUUAUUGAGAAUCAACAAACUAAAAUAUUUUGAAAGAAGUUAAUCAUGUGUCGUCUUGUUAAACUGCUUAGUUGACCACAAAAAUGUGGAGGCCAAGUGACACAUGGUAAGAAAUAUUGGGUAUUUCAGUCUGAUACCAAAAUGUAGAAAGUGACUUCUGGGGUUUCAGUAUUUGAUAAAGGUGAAGAAUAACUUGUGAGAGGAUUAGUGGUGCUGCUGGAGGCUCAGAGAAGGUGCUUGUUGGGGCAAAGCUGCCCCCCUGAGAACCAGGCAGUUUCCUUUGGCAGCAGGAUCCACACCUGUGUGGACAUGGCACUGCUUCGAAUGGAAGGGAGGAUCUGUGUCCUGUCUCUCCACAAGGAGAGUGGGUUUUUCUGGGGUACGUGGGUGAAUGUAAUCCCUGAUGCUCUUAUCACACUUACUAAAAACCUGAGAAGACAGAGUCCCCUUUAUUUUCUGGUAUCUUCUCCCUCCUUGAUAAAAGGAAAAACAAAACACUACAGGCUUAUUCAGAAACUUCAUUAUUGCACUGUUUUUUUUAUUCUAGUUUGUCCUGUGUUAGCAGGAAUUUCUUUUGCCUUGAAGGGCUGUUAGAUCCAAAAUUGUUUGAACUACUGUCUUCUCUUGUAGCUUAAAUUAAAAAUGUAUUUUUGACUGUAUGUUAUCUCUAGGAACAAAAAACAUGCAUCUGAUAAUAGGGAUACCCAAAUCUUCUUGCCAGUAUUUUCUCAUGCAUGUACUUUUACAUAAAUUAUUUGAAUUCAGACAACAUAUUUUGUAUUGUCUUUAAUUAAAUUGUUGAACUUUCUGUAAACUUUUGUACUAAAGGAAAGAUGUUCUGUGUUUCUUUAUUAGACCAGAUGCUGGAGGGAAAAUGUUAAUAAUAUCCUGUGGGUAUUCAGCCUCAGUUAUACAAAACAGGAAUUUAUUAUAUUUAAAUUAUAAGCAAGUGGUCCUUUGUCACUGUCAUAGGAAAUACCACCAUGGAGUGGUACAUCUGUCUCUUCAUGCUCAGAAGAGAGCAAUUUAAAUAAUUAAAAUAUUUGCAUGGCAAACUGGUGGUGUUUGUGAUUAAUAUUAAUCAGAAGUUCACUUCCACUUGAACUUUG